CAAAGCAAGUGCCAAGGGCUCGGAGGCUCGACUCCCCGCUGCAGACUCGGCCUGUGGAUAAAAGCGAGCAAAAUGCCCCAGUCGAGCUCAGAGACAUAGUCAUGUUGGGCUGGAACGAGGAAGUGCAGUGGAGAGGGGAGGGACUCAGGGCGCAGCUCCAUGGGGCCGCCGCGGCGCUGCGACCUUCUGCACAUGGAGCCGGGGAGAGUUGGAAGAACUUCAUACUGCAAACUCAAGGAAUAGCAGAGUACUUGCACCGCAUGGAGACAGAGGAGGCGCAGGAAAUGGCCCCCAUGCCAGGCAGGGACAGCCCCCCUGCCAAUGAAGCACCCGAGGAGGCCGAGGAGCCCAUGGCGGUCCCUGAGGACCUGUCAGCCAGCUCCACCCACCAGCAGAACAACAGAGGGGACAAAGCCUGUAACAUUAAAGUUGAGGCUCGCAGUGAUGAGGAGAAUGGGCUGGCCUGUGACAUGAAUGGCGUGGAGGAGGAGGAGUGCGCGGAAGACUUGCGCGUGGUCGAUGCCUCCGGGGCCAAGGUGAACGGCUCACAGCCGAGCCCCGAAGCCAAGGCCUUCUCCUCGGCCGGCGGUAUCCGGCUGCCCAACGGGAAGCUCAAGUGCGAUAUCUGCGGGAUAGUUUGCAUUGGCCCCAAUGUGUUGAUGGUGCACAAGCGGAGCCACACUGGAGAACGUCCUUUCCAGUGCAGCCAGUGCGGCGCCUCGUUCACCCAGAAGGGCAACCUGCUGCGUCACAUCAAGCUCCAUUCAGGGGAGAAACCCUUCAAGUGUCACCUGUGCAGCUACGCCUGCCGCAGGAGGGAUGCCCUCACCGGCCAUCUACGCACCCACUCGGUUGGAAAACCCCACAAGUGUGCUUACUGUGGGCGGAGCUAUAAGCAGCGCAGCUCUCUCGAGGAGCACAAGGAGCGGUGUCACAACUACCUGCAGUGCAUGGGGCUGCAGAACAGCAUCUACACAGUAGUAAAGGAAGAAAGCAACCAGAAUGAGCAGAGGGAAGACUUAAGCCAGACGGGAUCUGACAGAGCCUUGGUGCUAGACAGACUAGCUAAUAAUGUAGCUAAGCGUAAGAGCACUAUGCCACAGAAGUUUGUGGGGGACAAACGUCUGUCGGACCUCUCCUACGACGGAGCGGGAGGCGAGCUGAUUCAGCCCCACGUCAUCGACCAGGCCAUCAACAGCGCCAUCAGCUACCUGGGGGCCGAGUCGCUCCGGCCUCUAGUCCAGACCUCCCCGGCCUCCUCUUCUGAUGUGGGCCUCGGCUCCAUGUACCCGCUCCACAAGCCGGCGCAGGAGGGCCACGUGGGGACGGGCCUGUCGGCCAAAGACAGCGCGGCCGAGAACCUGCUGCUCCUCUCCAACUCCAAGUCGGCCUCCAGCGAGAAGGACGGCUCCCCCAGCCACAGCGGCCAGGACUCCACGGACACGGAGAGCAACAACGAGGAUCGUCCGGGCGGGGCGGCGUCGGGCCUCAUCUACCUGACCAACCACAUCACGUCGGGGGUGAGGAACGGCAUGCUCCCUCUGGUGAAGGAGGAGCAGCAGAGGCAGUACGAGGCCAUCAGGGCCAGCAUCGAGAUGGCCUCGGAGGGCUUCAAAGUGGUGACGGCGGACGGGGAGCAGGUGAGGGCGUACAGGUGCGAACACUGCCGUGUUCUCUUCCUGGACCACGUCAUGUACACCAUUCACAUGGGCUGCCAUGGCUUCAGAGACCCCUUCGAGUGCAACCUGUGCGGUCACCGGAGUCAAGACCGGUACGAGUUCUCCUCUCACAUAACGCGAGGGGAGCAUCGCUACUGAGCCCCGUCCACACACACACACUUUCACACAGACAAACAGGUGUACAAAUGGAACACACACUCACUCGUGCAGACCUGAAAUAAAUGCAUAGAAAUGUAAAAUACACUGUUGAUGUCUGAAAGUUGUGCUUUUUAUACAAAGUAUGCAUGUUUGUUGAACACAUAAAUGUACAACUAUAACAAAUAUUUUCCUUUCAAACACCGUGAUCCAAAGGAAGAGUAGUUCAUCUGUCUUUUUUAAAGAAACAAAAUAAUGUCGAGUGAAGACAACACAGCAGAGUUACUGUGCCACAUCCUACAUAAGUUUUUAAAUUAUGUAUUUACAGUUGCCACAUGUAUAAAAUGUAUAAAUGUGUCUUUUUUUUGUUUUUGAAAACCAGGCAGCAAUCUUUUCUUCACAUUUUAGAUAGAAAAGAUCCCCAUCCUUAUAUUUAAAAUGAUUUACUAAAAUGUUCUGCAGUUGUUUUCAGUUCAGGAAAAUUAAAAUUGGUAUUUAAUACAAUCAAUAAAAACAGUAAAAAAAAAAAAAAAUCAGUGUAGAUAACCCUACAAUUCCUCCCAAAAGUUUCAACUUGUUCUUGUAUUUGUACCAACCUACAUAUUAUUUAUAUCACAUUUACACGCCUGUCUGUUUUUGUAUUUAUUAUUAUUAUUACAGUAGUCGAUGUUUGUCUGUUGAGUAGUUAAUAAAAGCUGCAUCUCUUUCUGUCCAACUGUACUUAAUGUGUUUGAGGUGAAAACAUGACAGCUGCUGGAAUUUAUUUUUAUUUUAUCCGGAAAAAAAAUGUUACCCGGCCUUACCUGAUGGCUAAGAAUUGUUACUCUCAUAAAUUGAAAAAUGAGUCAUUUCGGGUUUGAAGGAGCUUUAUGCUUGCAAAAUAUCAAUAAAGGAUAUUUUAUAUAUGCACAAAGAGUGGGACAGUGUUUUGUUUUUCAAGUUGUUUAAUGAGUGGAGAUUUAUAAAAGCUUUAUAUAUUCUUAUGGAUGUUUUCUAAUAGGAUUUUUUUUUUAAUGGACCACAUUAACCACUUGUCAAAGAAUAUGGAAAUGUCCACGUUGAAGUAAAAAAAAGGAUUCCUGGAGUUAAUAAAAAGUUUCUGAGUUCUUCAGAAAUAUGGAGAUUUAAUUUCACUCUUCUGAAAUAAUUAAGUUUAGACGUCAUUCAAGAUGCCGCUCGCUCCUGCCUGUCAACGCACA